AUGGGUUCAUUCUACCGACAACAACGGAGCGAGCAUCCGAAACAAUUGAGGGACAUAUUCAAGCGUUUUGACGAGGAUUCAGAUGGUAGCCUCACCCAUUUGGAGCCGGCGGCCCUCCGUCGUUCUCUUGGUCUGGAGCCAGGCUGGUACCAGAUCCACGCCCUCCUCACCAACAUGGAUUCUAACUGCAAUGGUUCCACUGAAUUCGAGGAGCUCGUCGAGGCAAUAGCCCCUCUGAUGAGCGAGCUGGCCUUUGCCAAUCAGCAGCACCUCCUGGACGUCUUCAGAUCUUUCGACCGCGAUGGUAUGGCUAGAUCAACUUCGCCGUUGAGUUCGCUCGUUCCAUGA